AGUCCACCUCCUCUCCUAUCACACACAUACACACACACACUUCCUCACUCACACACACACACACACACACGUACAGUCCAAACCCCCAGAAAAGCCCUGCUGAAUCCUCACACCGUCUGUCAGCAUGGGGAGCGCUUGUUUUUCCCGGGACGUUUGUUUGUUUAUCCUCCUCAUAAAUACUUGCAGGGUGAUGGGGGAUGUCGGACUCGCAGAUGCAGACGAGUGCGCCGAGGGUUCAGACGACUGCCACAUCGACGCUCUCUGCCAGAACACGCCCAAGUCCUACAACUGCAUCUGCAAGCCGGGCUACAAAGGAGAUGGCAAGCAGUGCGAGGACAUGGACGAGUGUGAGAAUGACUACAAUGGAGGAUGUGUCCAUGAGUGCAUCAACAUACCUGGAAACUACAGGUGCACCUGCUACGAUGGAUUCAUGCUGGCCCAUGAUGGGCACAACUGUCUCGAUGUGGACGAGUGUAUAGACAACAAUGGCGGGUGCCAGCAGGUGUGUGUCAACACAAUGGGCAGCUACGAGUGUCAGUGCACGGACGGCUUCUUCCUCAGUGACAACCAGCACACCUGCAUCCACCGCUCUGACGACGGGAUGAACUGCAUGAACAAGGACCACGGCUGUGCCCACAUCUGCAGAGAGGCUCCCGGCAAAGGUGGAGUGUCGUGCGAGUGCCGUCCUGGAUUUGAGCUAAACAAGAACCAGAAAGACUGUACACUGACAUGUAAUUACGGAAAUGGCGGCUGCCAGCACACAUGUGACGACACUGACACAGGGCCGGUGUGUGGCUGCCACCAGAAGUACGCCCUGCACUCAGACAGCAAGACCUGCAUCGAGAAAGAUGAGGCUGCAAUUGAGAGCUCUGAGUUCAAUGCCACGUCAGUAGCUGAUGUGGACAAGCGGGUGAAACGGCGGCUACUUAUGGAGACCUGCGCCGUGAACAAUGGCGGCUGCGACAGGACAUGUAAAGACACGGCCACAGGGGUGCGCUGCAGUUGCCCUGUGGGAUUCACCCUGCAGCCCGAUGGGAAAACCUGCAAAGAUAUCGAUGAAUGCCAGGAGAACAACGGCGGCUGCGACCACUUCUGCAGGAACACGGUGGGCUCCUUUGAGUGCAGCUGUCAGAAAGGACACAAACUGCUCACUGAUGAGCGCACAUGCCAAGACAUCGACGAGUGCUCUUUUGAGAGAACCUGUGACCACACCUGCAUCAACUACCCCGGCAGCUUCGAGUGCUUGUGCAACAAAGGUUACAUCCUGUACGGCCUCACUCACUGCGGAGACAUCGAUGAGUGCAGCAUCAGUAACGGGAGCUGUGAGUAUGGCUGCAUCAACACCCAGGGCGGCUACGAGUGUUUGUGUCCGCUGGGACAGAAGCUCCACUGGAACAAGAAGGACUGCAUCGAGGCGGUGAAGUGUCUGCCCAAUGGGAAGCCAGUGCCCAGAGCUCAGCUGACCUGCGCCAAGAGCGGGGGGGCGGAGGUGUGCUCGCUCUCCUGUCCCUCCAACGCCCUAUUCCUCGCAGACUCAGAGAACAGCUACACACUGAGCUGCGGUGUCCCCGUCCAGCCUGGUAAAACACCACAGAAGAGGAAUACCACCACUGCUUUACCCACCUGUGCAGACACUCUGGCCGCGCCCAUCAAACAGAAGGCCAGGUUUAAGAUUAAAGACGCCAAGUGUCACCUAAGACCCCGAAACAAGGAGAAACACAGAGACUCAACCAGACAGAACCUGCAAGGAAGCCAGUUCCCCUGCACCGACGACUGCCAGGUAACUUUUGUCAACCUCAAGUGUGACUCGUCAAAGAAGCGCAGACGAGGACGCAAAUCACCCACCAAAGAGGUUUCCCACAUUACAGCAGAGUUUGAGAUGGAGAUGAAGGAGGAGGAAGCUUCAGACACGUGUAACGUGGACUGUGUGCGAGACAGAAUGAAGCAGAAGCUGCAGAGUGCCAUGCGGACGCUCAGGAAGUCCAUCAACAAGCAGCAGUUCUACAUCCAGUUCUCCGGGACCGAGUACGAGGUGGCUCAGAAACCGUCCAGGGUCCCCGAUGGUGCCGAGGCCUGUAGUACAGGACAAGUCCUCAAAGAAGGAAAGUGUGUGAGCUGUGGCUUGGGGACGUUCUACAGCGGGGAACAGGAGCAGUGUGUGCAGUGUCCUCCAGGGACAUACCAGGACACAGGGGGUCAACUGUCCUGUGAGCCGUGUCCGAGUACUGAAGGGCAAGGCAUCGCUGGAGCUAAGAACGUGUCCCAGUGCGGAGGUCAGUGUCCAGCCGGUCACUUCUCAGUUGAUGGUUUCCGUCCAUGUCAGGCCUGUUCGCUGGGCUCCUACCAGCCUGAGCCGGGCCGGGUCCUCUGCUUCCCCUGUGGAGGAGGUCUCAUGACCAAGUAUGAAGGAUCAGUCACCUUCAGGGACUGUGAGGCCAAAGUGCACUGUGCUCCGGGGCAUUACUACAACUCCAGCACACACCGCUGCAUCCGCUGCCCUGUAGGAACCUACCAGUCUGAUUUUGGUCAGAACUAUUGCAUCACCUGCCCGGGGAACACCACCACGGACUUUGAUGGUGCCACCAACGUCUCGCACUGCAAAAAUCAGCUGUGUGGAGGAGAGCUGGGCGAGUACACUGGUUAUAUCGAGUCGCCCAACUACCCCGGAGAUUACCCGUCCAACGUGGACUGUGUCUGGAUCAUCAAUCCUCCACACAAGAGGCGCAUCCUCAUUGUGGUGCCAGAGAUAUUCCUCCCCAUCGAGGAUGAGUGUGGAGACGUUCUGGUCAUGAGGAAGAGUGCCCUGCCCACCUCCAUCACCACCUACGAGACGUGUCAGACGUAUGAGCGGCCCAUCGCCUUCACCUCUCGCUCCCGCAAACUCUGGAUUCAGUUCAAGUCCAACGAGGGCAACAGCGGCAAAGGAUUCCAAGUUCCUUACGUCACCUAUGACGAGGACUACCAGCAGCUGAUAGAGGACAUAGUGAGAGACGGCAGGCUCUACGCCUCUGAGAAUCACCAGGAGAUCUUGAAGGACAAGAAGCUUAUAAAGGCCCUGUUCGACGUGCUGGCUCAUCCCCAGAACUACUUCAGGUACACGGCACAGGAGUCCAAAGAGAUGUUCCCCCGCUCCUUCAUCAAGCUACUGCGCUCCAAAGUCACCAGGUUCCUACGGCCGUACAAAUAGGAGGGGGCGGUCCCAAAUCUCCCAUUCGAGGAGUCCCUGUCAUCCUGCAUCAUUCCAAAUCCAGCAACCUAAAUGUAACUCCUCCCCCAUCUAUCUUCCCUCCGCCUGGAUCAAAACAUGUGUGUCCCUGUCCUGUGAUGAAUCAUCUUCUUUUCCUGUAUUUGUCACAUGAUGCCUUUCCCCAUCUUUAACUAGGAAACAUCUUAAACUGAGACCCCUCCCUCCGGUUAGCGCAGCUUUCAGCGUAAGGUUUGACCGAUAUGAGGUUUUGACGGCCAGUAUUCAAAAUUUAGAAAGUGUAGCUGAAAACUGCUGCGGAUAUAUAUUAUGUGUAUAUAUUGUUUCUUUAAAUUUGACCUUUUUAUACCAAACUUGUACAAAUACUGUGUGUGAUCGGAGUGUUAUUGAACAGUCCCUUAAAGCUGGGGGGCUCAGACCACCUGUUUGCAUCAGAGAAAGUGCAAUAACUGGUAAAAUGAGGUGUGCAUGUAUUGACUACCCAGUUUAGUGUUAUUGUAAGACUACAGACUCGUAGUUUUUUAGAGUUUGUGGUUGCUGUCUUACCAGGGAGCCACAUGGGAGCCCAGCGUGUCGUCACCUCAAAACUAAAAGGUUCUUUGCAACAGAGAACGAGGCAUCAAAAGGACUUUUGUGACCUUUUUUCGCUCGAUAGAGAAGUUAUCACCUUUAUAUUUCUAUGGAAAACAUGCAGCUGACUGCUUGUUAGCUUAGCUUAGCUUGCAACCAUAAAUUGGGAGGCAGAUAGCCUGGCUCCAGCCAAUAGCUUGUAAGUAAUUUCCAGAGACUAUAUAAAACAUGAACAUGGUCUCACUGAUGGCGCCCACUGGUUCCUGGAGGAGUGGACUAUAAUGGUCGCCAUAUUGGAAAUGCUAUCUCCAACUAACUUAUGAUUGUGCUCAACUUUGCAAAUGAAUGCAUGACUCUUCCCCUUCAAGUCAUAAACACAGAUAGUUUAUUGAGCGUUAGAGAGCACCAGGUUGUAAAUGUGUUAAAUUCUGCAGUAAAAAUGGGCAUUUUAACAAAAGGACGUUAGAGACAGCCCCAUGUGGACACUCUGAGAACUGCAGUUUUUCAUAUGGUGUCAUUUUUCUACUCAAACCAACGUGUAACAACCAUAGACUGUAUAAAAUAUGGACGUAGUAUCCGUGACGUCACCCAUCUGUUCCUGAGAGCUGUUUUGAAGCAAAUCGACGACAGCAGCCAUAUUGGUAAUGCGGAACUCAACUAGGCAGAGUGUGACGUAGUGUGAGUCUCUUAGCCAAUGGCUGUGUGUUCCCGACCGGGAGUCACGUCAGUCAUGUCCUUAUUUGGGCAAAACUCAUAAUCUUAAUAUCUUCUGAACCGUCACGUUAGAAAAAAAUUCACCCCCCGUACAGUGUAUGCCAUUAGAGAGAUUAGCGUUGUAGGGCCAAGCCGUUUUUUGAACCAGGCUGUAAACAUGUUUAUUAAUGCUGCAAAGAUCGUCUUUUUCCCAUUCAUAUCUAUGUGGUUUCCGGUGUUUCUGCAGCCAGCCUCAAGCGGAUUUUCGAUGUAUUGCAGUUUAUAUCACUUCCGCAUUGGCUUCAUCGUUUGAGACCGGAGUUUGCCGCUUGGUAACAACAAUAAGCUGAGGUUUGGUGUUGAUAUCUUUGCAGACAACUGUGAGCUGUCCAGUUCAAACUGGGUCUUUUGAAAGUUGUUGCACAUUGGAUGAAACCAGGCUAGCUCUCUCCGCUUUUUACGCCAAGUUAUGUAGUCACAUAUUAUUUGGACAAUAACAUCAAACUUCCACUAGAUCCGUCUCCGAUCCGCUGCAGAGCUGGAGUCAUAUGACCGAGGUUUACCCGCUGUAAUUCCUAAAUCAAGGAUUCUCCUCUUCCUCUCCUCAUCCAUGUUGUCUUUCUGGUCCUCUGUAAACCUCUGACCUGUUGACUCCAGGCCUGGUUCCGCUCAUCAUGACGGUUUGUUGUUGUAGGUAAGUGAAAUAUGAUCUGGUGAUAACACAGAGUGUUUUAUUCUGAAAUUUAACCGGAUGUUUUCAUUUUGUUUUGGUGCCUGACUUCCUGUCCCGCUCCAUCUGUUCUGUUGAGAUUGAUGCAUCGUGCUCCGGCAUCCAUCAAAAAUAGAGGUCUUGUGUAUCUGAUCCGGAGGGCUCCAACCUGCCAGAUCAAAUACGCAGUCGGGUGGCAACGGAGCGGAUCCAGUGGAAGUUAACACAUUCACUAGAAUAGAAAGAAUCAGAACCGGAGUGGAGACCGAUCUGAUGGAAGAGUUAGACUGGAGUCAGUCUUCUUAUCUAAUUAAUAGUGAUCCCCCAGGUUUGUCACUGAUGGCCAGUAUCAGGAACAAACAUAUCGGUCAAACCCUAUGCCUGCACAUCUUCGUCUCUCCCAUCUAUUCCCAGGUUUAUUCACCUCCAUUAACAACCUUUCCACCUCUUCCGCCUGCUUUCUUUCUUUGUCGUUGUUUUGUAUUUGUAAUAUUUAUACUGAACUUGCAGAGGCCCUUGUCGCAGAUGUUUUAGAUGCAUUGACGUACAGAUAUGUGUAUGUUUGUGUGGACAUGCAUGAUAUGUUAGGAUGUAUCCGCCCACACUGCGUACGAGGACAUAUCCUGAAUUCACGAUUGGCCCCGAUGUGCACGAGACAAAGAUGAGGCAACAGUUGGUGCACUUAAAAACAUUUUAAGAUAUUAGAGACAGAUGUUCGAGUGGGGAGCGUUCCACAGGGGUCGGGUUCAUCCCUUGGAGCACAGGGAAAGUUUAAAUGGGGCGAAUCACAAAGUCUAUAUUGUAAUUUUUUUUAAAUAAUAAAAAAAAGAUAUAUAACAAGAUGAGAUAAACUACCUGCAAGUAACAGAUUGUUACUUUAGAGAGAAAUGUAUGUGAUGUAACUAAUAUUUGGAACUUUAAUUGCACUUGAAUUUUAUAUUUUAAACUGUAGGAAAAAGUUACGAGUUUGUUUCCUUUUGUGUUGUUUUGAAAUGUGCCACACGAGAGACAGCUGUGUCUCCUGUUCAUGCUCCCACUCUGUCGCUUGCAGUUAAACCCCGAAAUCUCUCAGUUUUAGUAGCUUCAAGCCCCGUUUGCACACACAGCGAGGAAACAUUUAAGCUUUGGCAUCUCACAAAGAAGAGAUGGUAUAUCAAAGUAAUGUAAGAGACAGAGACAGUACGGAUCAACAGACGGCUCAAACUUUCCAUCGCCCAGUCCUGCUUCAUCCCUCGAUCAUAGCUGCCAGAGAGAAGAAGCGUCACCAUAAAGGCUUCUUGUAUGAUGGCAUUAUACACACAUUACAUACAACAGUAUACGUCUAAAAAGCUACUCAACAUAUUAGCAUUCACUACAGUGCACUCUCUGUCCAUUAAACAGGAAGCGUAGUGUGUAAACUGUGCUUCUCUUUAUAACCCAA